AUGGUCCGUGAAGCCCACAGCAGUAGGCUCAAGUUUCAUGCCGACGAUCCUCUCGAGGUGACUGAAGAGUUGUUGCUCCAUAUCGCACACAAUGCAGAUGGACUCGUGGUCGACAAGUUCAUCGACUGCCACUACAACGACCGUCUAGGCGUCUACGAAGUGCUUGUGAGCCGGCGCGGCCUACAGGGUAUGAAUAAUUCGUGGGAGCCCGCGAGCAACUUGCUGGAAGAUCUCCCACCGCAUUCAUGA